AACCCCGGAGAGCGACAAAACUCACAUUUUACUGCCAACUACCGACCGCAAUCCCGUUUUCCGAGCGCAAUUCUCCGUUUCCGACCGUCUCCCGGUGUUUUUCGCCGCUCUCCGCCGCCUCCCGGCCGAUGUUGUUUAUCUGUAGUAAGGGGGGGCUUGAAACCGGCCUCCGUUGCCCCAUUUCCUCGGUUGUUUUCCUUCUCUCGCCUGGAUUCUCCAUGUUGUUGCUGCAAAAGUGAGGACUUCACGGCGGUCGGGAAGAGAAAGGGGGGCAGCUCGGACGUAUUAGCCGCGAUAGUGAAGCGGUAACACCCGGGAGAAGCGAUUUAACCUCCGAAAAACACAUAUCCAAGUGCCUUGCCCCUUCCCCGGGCGGACCUCCGACACACGAAGAAGAAGAAGGAGAACCAGGAGCGCGGCGGCGGAAUAAAGAGGACCUGGAACGAGCUAAAUCUGACCGAGGAUUGCUGCUUACAGGCGGAUGACAAGUGAGCUCGGUGAAUAUCGGAGCAGCAGAGUCCAUUAAAGCCAAUGAGGGAUGCCCAUCAGUGCUCGGGAACAGGAUUUGAGGAUUUUGAGGGCUCCGUGAUUGUCAGAUGGAAAGUUCUGUUAUCACCCAAGUGCAGAAAGAAGACGUUCAAGUGUCACCGAAAACAGGCCAGGUGAGCCGCUCUGCCCUGAAACAGCCUCGGAGUUGUAACAUCUUCAAAGCACUCUUCUGUUGCCUCCAAGCUCAGGAUGGCCCCAAACCACCAGCGCCGCUGCCGCCACCUUCCCAGCAGGCCUUGCUGGAGUCACAGGAAAAUGGGACGGUUGUCAAGUCUGAACCGAGCCUCCUGCCUGAGAUGGAGGCGCAGGACCAAGGGAAGAUCUGCGUGGUCAUAGACCUGGACGAGACACUGGUGCACAGUUCAUUCAAGCCGAUUAGCAACGCAGACUUCAUCGUGCCCGUGGAGAUAGAAGGGACCACACACCAGGUGUACGUCCUGAAGAGGCCGUACGUGGAUGAGUUCCUGCAGAGAAUGGGGGAACUGUUUGAAUGUGUGCUGUUUACAGCCAGUCUCGCCAAGUAUGCAGACCCAGUGACGGACCUGCUGGAUCACGGUGGUGUGUUCAGGGCCCGGUUGUUCCGGGAAUCCUGCGUAUUCCACCAGGGCUGCUAUGUCAAAGAUCUGAGCCGCCUGGGCCGAGACCUCCACAAAACCCUCAUCCUGGAUAACUCUCCUGCCUCCUACAUCUUCCACCCUAAUAAUGCUGUUCCUGUGGUGUCAUGGUUCGAUGACGUGGACGACGCCGAGCUGCUCAACCUUCUGCCCGUGUUCGAAGAGCUCAGUCAAGCCGACAACGUCUACACCCGGCUGGACCAGCUGCGAGGACACUAGAGCCUCGAUGGACCUGCUUCAGCUCUUCAGCUACGACUGAACCACGUAGAACAGGCCUGGGUUCUACCAGCCUCUGCACAGCAUCCUGAGAAAAUUGUAUCGGCACGAGGUCAGAGAGAAACACAGCGUCUUUGGCUCAACUUAAACUAACGAUCACAACCUGAUAUUCACGACCACUAUUUGAAAGCACUACGAGAAAAGAGCGGGAAACGGCAACCAAAGCAGUCCCACCACAAUCACUCCAGUUAGUCUGAAUAUAAUAAGUGGUUCUUUUGCCAAAGCAGAAGCCUACCUGCCCUGACUUGACUUUUUUGGACAUUGUUUUUUUUUUUAUUAUUAUUGUGCCUUUAUGGAACAACAACAACAACAAAAAAAAACAUCAGCUCUUUAAAAAAAAAAAAAAAAAAAAACACCAGAUUUUAUACAUUUAUUGAUUUCUUUUUAUAGGUUGUUUUUAUAAGGAAAUCUAUUUUUAAACGGUGAACAUGGUUCCUCUAUGCAACCCAGUUCUGUAAUGACAUGGACAGUACCUCAAAGUAGCCAGUCAAGAAUUGCAUUCAGCAGAUGUAAACGUUACUGUAGCCUUAUUUACCUGUAAAUGAGCGACAAAACAAAAAGUGUACUUUACUUAUUUGUACUAUGAACAUAAUUUCUACAAAACAUACAAUAUACGUCACUAGUGGUCAGAUUGAUAUUAAAGGUAAACGGGGCGGCGUCAUCUUUGACGGUCCGUUGGAAACAGACACACUGGAAUAUGUUGGCACAUAGGACGACCAUAAACGCCACAAUUUUCAGUCAAGGUUUUAUUAGAUCAUUUGUUUCUAUGUUUUUUCUUAUUAUUAUGAAAUGACAUACAACUUGCACUUGUUUUAUAUUGACAGUGCUGAAAGUAAAAACUGUGCCUUUUGAAAUUCGGACAGAGAAUGGUGUUCUGCCUGAACAGAGAUUUGUAGGCCUACACACUCUGAUGUGUCAUGCUGAGCGUGAGAAAACACUGUCAAGAGCAAGUGUAAUGCCUGUGGCAGUGGUACUUGCAGUGCAACACUUGAAAAAUAUCAAAAAUUUGAUUCUUUUUAACGUGUGUGUCUUUUUUCUAUAUUUAUUGGCCAAAAAGACUUGUAAUUGUCCAGUACUUCUAAAUGCUCAACAUUUUUUGUAUUGUAAUCCGUUUGCCUACUUUGAGGCUGGCCUUGUGUUUGACUGUUUUAUCUGUGCCUAAGUAACACACCUUUUGCUGUCAAAGUUCAUGAGUAAUUCAAAAAACACACAAGUCAACAAACAGAAUCAACCAUGCAAGAAAACACCUUUUUUUUUGUUUGUUUUUCCAUUUGGAAUUCAGUGCAACAGAUAUUAUGUGGGGUUUUGUUUCCUUGGUAGUAUGUCCUUUAUUUUCUACUAUGUUUUAAUGUCUGAUGCAAUUACUGCCUGCAUGUUAACUAGUAAAAUACGACAAUGAAAAUGUACCAGUUGUGAUGACCAAAAGUAUUUGAUGAAAGUCACAAUUUGUCUUUAUGUAUGAGAAUAAAUCAUUUUGUCUACUUGAUCUGACCAAAACUCUAAAAGCCAAGGUGCUGCCAAUUUUUAUUUUCAAAUAAAAAUUGGUUAUAUUUUACA